AACAACAAGAACAACAACAAGAAGAAGAAAAAAAGAUGGCUGAAAGUAUGGACAAUGCGGCUGAACAGUCAUCCGCUCCUGACACUGAACAAUUAAAACUAUCUGACUUAUUGGAGCGUGGUUGGAAGAUACUUCAGGAACUGGACAGUUCAAACGAACCGUUUGGCCCCAACACCGUGCAUCGCAUUAAACGCGGCAUUAACAUGUUGGAAGACGCGUCGAGGAUGGUUGUUCAGCUCGACCUGUUUAGCCGUAACGAAGAGGUGGAAGAGAUCGCCACUGCAGACCUGAAGUACCUGCUGCUCCCUGCCCUGCUAGGGGCCCUGCACAUGAAGCAGAGCAGCCCGCACAAGCGGCUGGAGACGGUGCAGAUAGCUCGGGCUUACUUCAUGGAUUUCUUAAAGACGUGUCAUGACUACAACAUCUCACAGUUUGAGCUGCCGAAGCCAUCAAAUGAAAACGGUGUUUCCCAAGAAACAUCGGAGGGUGUAUUUUCCAAAGCCAAGUCUUUUUCUGCAGGUCCAUCAAAUUUGGUUGCCAUGGCAGCAAAGAGACAAACGAAGAUUGAACGGUAUCGACAGAGAAAGGAACUGGAGACUAGACUGUCGGAUGUUCACAAAGUAGUGGAGCGUGGACAGGCCGAUGACGAGGUCAGCAGAGAAUUUUACCUUCUGAAUGUCCAGAGAUGGAUCACUGUUUGUCUGGAGGAGAUGGAGGCCAUUGACCAGGAGGUGGAGAUACUUAAAAACAUGGAUCUUCUGAAGCAGAGUCGUGCUAACCAACCAGCUCAGCCACCCAGAAAUCCCAUGAAACCCUUCAUCCUCACUAGAGAUGCUUUACAGGCUCAAGUACUCGGCGCUGGGUAUCCUAGCCUCCCCACCAUGACGGUGGAUGACUGGUAUGAGCAACACAGAAAACAUGGAGUCCUACCUGAUCAGGGCAUGCCGAGCAAAGUUGCUGUGGAGGACAACACUGAUGAGCAGGCAAGAGAUGAAGAAAAAGAGAAAAAGGCUGAGAAUGAUGAUGAAGCUUCUUUGUUAAAAGCCAGAAACUGGGAUGAGUGGAAAGAUGAUCACCGCCGAGGAUAUGGAAACCGUCACAACAUGGGCUAAUCCUUUCUUAACGCACUCUUAAUUUCAUGUUUGUAAUGUAAACAACAAAGUGAAUGUUCCUCACACGUUAUUGCUCCUAAAAAUUUAAGUAUAAGAAUGUCUCAAAAUUUGGAAUGGCCCUUGUGUUCUUUGCUUUAUCUUCUGUAGAAAAGAGCUAUUUGAUGCAACUAUGAAUCAGGAUGAAUAGUUUAAACAUCCUCUCUGCUUUCUUCUUAUAUUUCAUUAAUGCCAUGGUUUUAAAGCUACAAGAUGGUUGUACAACUAAGCUUUUCCUUAUUUGUGACUACAAGAUACAAAAAAUCCUGUUAGCCAAAGGAUGCACGUAUCAGCACCAUAAUGGAUUUGUAAUAUAAAUAUUCUUGUUCUUGCCUAAAACUGAUCCAUGUGAUGUCACCAGAUCUGAACAUCUCAGAACGUCAGGUUAAAGAAAGCUGUCAAGUGAUUUCUUGUAUUGUCGUGUAUGCAGCAGCUGGAAUGGAGACUUCUAAUAAAAAUGCUGAGCAGA